AUGGUCGUCGCAACUAUAAAGUGCGUGGUCGUCGGCGAUGGUGCAGUUGGCAAGACUUGUCUGCUCAUUAGUUAUACGACAAACAAGUUCCCUUCCGAAUAUGUUCCUACCGUCUUUGAUAAUUAUGCUGUUACUGUUAUGAUCGGUGACGAACCAUAUACCCUAGGACUUUUCGAUACAGCUGGACAGGAGGAUUACGAUCGUCUACGCCCUCUCUCUUACCCUCAGACCGACGUUUUCCUUGUCUGCUUCUCCGUCACCUCCCCCGCUUCUUUCGAAAACGUCCGCGAGAAAUGGUUCCCCGAAGUCCACCAUCACUGCCCUGGCGUACCCUGCCUAAUUGUUGGAACCCAGACCGAUUUAAGAGAUGACCCCAGCGUGCGGGAGAAGUUGGGCAAACAGAAGAUGCAGCCGGUCCGGAAGGAGGAUGGUGAACGAAUGGCAAAGGAGUUAGGAGCAGUCAAGUACGUGGAGUGCAGUGCUUUGACUCAGUACAAGUUGAAGGACGUUUUUGAUGAGGCAAUUGUGGCUGCUCUGGAACCCCCACCACCAAAGAAGAGGUCCCGACACUGCUUGAUUCUCUGA